AUGGCAGGCACAAAAAUGGCGUCCCAGGUCCCGGUGAUAGUGUUCUCCGAGGAAUGCAUGAAACCAGGGACAAGUUCCUGGGCAGAAGCUUGCAAAGUGAUGGUGCAGGCUCUCCAGGAUCAUGGUUGCUUCAUUGUCGAUCACCCUAAUGCCCCUCUUGGCCUUCAUGACUCUGUCUUUAGCGUCACCGAGGAUCUCUUCGACCUCCCCGCCGAAACCAAGAUUAAGAACACCAACUACAAGCGUCCCCUUGGCGUGGUUGGCACUACCCCCGGUUCUCCUCUCAUCGAGGCCCUGACCAUCGAUGGCGCUGAGAAGCUCCAAGAGUGCGAAAAGUUCACCUCUCUCAUGUGGCCCUCUGGGAAUGACCACUUCUGUAAAGCUGUUCAUGACUAUGGCAAGUUCAUAGCUGAGUUGGAGAAAGUAGUCUUCAAAAUGGUCUGUGAGAACUAUGGUGUUGAGAAAUGCUAUGACCCUUACAUUGAUUUGAUCUCGUACCUCCUACGAUUCUUGAAGUACAAGAAACCGGAAGGCGUCGAGGCCAGCGUAAACCCGACCGAGCACACGGACAAGAGCUUCUUGUCCUACUUGCACCAGAACAACAUUAGGGGCUUGGAAGUGAGGACCAAAGAUGGUGAGUGGUUCACUUUCGAGCCCUCAGCUUCGAAUUUCAUGGUCAUGGCCGGUGAUGCAUGUGCGGCAUGGAGCAAUGGAAGGAUCAAGGCUUGUGACCACCGAGUGGCAGUUACUGAAGAGAGUCAAGUGAGAUACUCUCUUGGGGCAUUCUCGUACGUCACAGGGAUGAUCGAGACGCCCAAGGAGUUCAUUGACGAAGCUCACCCACAGCAAUGCAAGCCCUUCAAUCACAUCGAUCUCCUUAGCCACCAUGACUGUAGCGACAACCUCAUCAAGUCCAGCUGCGGAGUCCUGGCCAAUUAG